AGACAGGAACAGCUGUUGGCAAACUGCUUACAAUGGGUGGUGUAGGAAUUUGGUGGAUUGUAGACAUUGUUCUUUUAAUCACAGGUUCUUUAACCCCUGAAGAUGGCAGUAACUGGAAUCCUUAUGUGUGAUGUAAAACAUUGAUGAAGUGUAAAUUAU